AUGUUAACUACAAAUAAGGCUUCGAACGCAUAUGAAAUAGCAGCGAUCAUAUUUUCUUACAAUACUUUAACACUGGCAAUCAUAGGUACAGCAUUCAAUCUUCUAACACUCUUCAUGCUAUGUCGAGCAACAUUCAAUGAUGCAAAGAAAAUGCCAGUCUUAUACUAUAUGCGCGUCAUUGCUAUUUUGGAUAUCUUGAUGCUUUAUGACUGGAACUUAGAUCAUUACCGUAAUACCAUAUAUGCUUUCACCAUUGUACGUUCAUCAGUUGUUUUUUGUAAGUUCAUAUCCUUUAUUAAUUAUUUUGUACCCCAAUCAUCGGCUUGGAUUCGAGUACUGGCCGAAAAAAAGCCGCUAUUUCCAAUAGAAAUAUGGAAUGUUUAUGAUCGAACAAUUGCCAAUCUUCCCCGCUCUAAUAAUUCAAUUAAAGGAUGGCACAAUGCAUUCACGAAAUGUGUGGCAAUAGUACAUCCAACUAUUACAAAAUUAAUCGAGAAGAUUCGCCGUGAACAAUCCAAAUUCGAAGGCGACAUCGCACAAACUCGUCAAGGACAAGAAUCAAAGCCGCAGAAACUCAAAUAUCGAAAACUUGACGAAAGAAUCAAACGACUGGUCGAUGACUAUGCAAAUGUUGAUCUUGGUGAGUAUUUGAAAGGACUAGCUGUAAAUAUUUUUGUAUUUGUUGUCUUGUAA